AUGUUGUCGCCAAGAAUACUCCCGCGGCUUUUCAUAAAUGUCCCUAAUUCUCCUAUAGAGCAGGGCACCUUUACAUCUCGGCGCAUGCGGAGGAUAAUAUCUUUAGCUUGCUGUCUGGCGGUAAUAUGGGCAGUGGUAGACAGGUGGAAUACAGUCCGGUCGGAAAAGCAGAGUUAUCCAGCCUUCCAGCUGAUGCGACAUGCUACGACAGAUAGCAAAGUGUCGCAAUGGGUUGGCGGUGGCUCUGUGAUGACGUCUCAGGCCAGCACAGAGAGCACAGAAUACGUACCUCGUCCGGCAAAAGAAGAGCAUGCCGUUGUUGCUCAUGCGCUACCCGAUGUCAUACGCAUAUCGUUCCAGGAAGCUGUUCAGGACGUGAGCUUAGACGGUUGGGAAGAUGAAUGGUUUUCGGCUGGGCAUUUCGAUGCCGAGAAGCACGGCCCGCUCGACGAGCCGAAGAUCGACUUCGUAUAUAACUGGGUCAAUGGAUCCGAUGAAGCGUUUAAGAAUAUUCGACAUAGUUACGAGUUAGAAUCGCCCCUUAACGACCGAGACGGGAAGUGGAUAUCGCAACAUAGCAUCAACCGCUAUCGAGACUGGGACGAGCUGAGAUAUUCGCUCCGCAGCCUCGAUGUCUACGCCAAGGGCUUCAUCAACAAGAUCCAGCUUCUCGUCAAUUCGGUCGGUAUUCAAUAUCAGAAGGACGGCACAGGCAUGCGGCCACAGAGACCGACUUGGCUCAGAGAUGACGAUGAAGCCAAGCAGCACGUCCAAGUCCUCAGCCACGAGUCCUUCUUCAGCGAGCAAGACAAGGAAUGUCUUCCUACUUUCAACUCCCUUUCCAUCGAAUCCCAAAUUUACAUGACCCCGUCGUCGACUGACCAGCUCUUUGCAUUGUCGGAUGAUAUGUUCUUGGGAAUGCCUCACGCCGCGUCCGACUUUUACUCACCUUUGUUUGGUCCUACUAUGGGCUUCAAAAGCGACUAUUACAACGUCAAGCACCUCGGCGGUAAGAGCCAGAUACCCUCGUUCGGCGAGAAGCCAUUCGUCUAUUAUACCUCCUACCUCCUGAAUCACCGGUUCGGCGAGCGCAACCGUCAUGUCCAAGCCCACUUUGGACAUUCCGUCUCGAGAAGGGUUAUGAAGGAAGCGAUGGCUUCUUUCCCCGGGCCAUCGGCAAGGGGUUCCUGCGAGCGAUUCCGUGGGGAGUCCAAGUUUCAGAUAUAUCCUUGGUUUGCGAGCUUCCAUUACACCAUCGAGAGGUUCCGGGAAGCUUUAAUCUGGUCCUUCAUAGUUUCCCGUUCCGACAAGAACUCGGACGGUUAUAUCGACUGGACGGAGCGUCAGCGCAUACUCGAGGCUGUCGAGCCUGGGCGGCAGCAGCUCUCCAGCAACGACGCCUCCAAGCCUGCGGCGCAGAGCCCGAUAAGAGAGCGGAUGUAUUAUAAGCUGCCGCAAAUCCUCCAGAAGGCGGGGCUCCAACCGCCCCAGGUGAACGUGAACGUAUUAUGGACAUCACUCGACGGGCCUGAGACGAUUCGUAAUGUUAAAUGCAACGACUUCAGCGUCGACAAGUGCCUCGGGGACUCGUUCGCGUCGCCGCUCUCGGAUUCGACCUCGCCGAACCCGGACUUCACCGCCUCCAACGUCUUCUCGCGGCUCUCGUACCAACGGCCGCAGUGCGGCGACUGCCUGCUCAAGUUCCUGCUGGCGUCGCAGCCGGCGGGAUUGGAGCCGCUGCUGCCGCCGCGGUCGAAGGCGCGCGAGCGCGAGACGAUCGUCCGGGCGCUCAAGAAGUACCAGCACGCGGUGGUGGACACGGACGCGAUGCGGUUCGUCAUGGUCAAGGACGCGGAGCAGGCGGAGGCGGAGCUGCUCGCGCGGACGAUCCGGCGCGGGAAGGCGUACGGCCAGUGGUGUCUGAACGACGACGUAAUGACCGAGAGCGCGGAGCAGGUCGGCCGCGUGCGAGACGUGAUAGCCGAGGUCUUCGAGACGUUGUGGCCGCUCAAGGGGCGGUGGGAAAAGGGGGAAUGA